AGAUUACGUUCGUCAGACUGUCUCAGCCACACAUUUCUCGCUUUCAGUCUUUCAGUCGCUCCCCAGGAAACAUGGUUGGUUGCGGAUUUCAGUUUGACGUUUUAAACUCCAGAUGUUCUUCCUGUGCAAGCCAUUCACAUCUUUUCAUCCUCGAUUUUGGCUAAAACUACCCUCCACUGUUGUUCGCAUCCAAGGUCUGAUUCUCGCUUACUGCCUUACACUCUCCUCUCAUGUUCAAGCAUCUACAGUUUCAGAUGUUCCCGUGAAAUGCAAGUCAAUGGAAAUUUUAUCCAAAUAUCAGCACUGUGAGCUUCGCCAAGAUGGGGUCCAUGAUUUGGACUGUUUUGGAAAAUACAAUUCAAAUGGUAAAAAAACCUGUGUGUGGAAAACUGGGAACCACACGUCAGGAAAGACUUACACAGUCAUCUUACAUCAGUUUAUGUCUGCCCACAGAAGACACUGCGAACUAUACAACAACAUCAAUAUAAUGUCUAAAGAGAUCCGUUUAUACGAAAAGUACAACAUGACUGUUGAGGUUAUUGAAAACAGCCAGUCAAGAAAUUGCACGAAAGCAGUUUUUAGGGCUUCCCCGAAGAGCCUGUUGCGAUGUGAUCCUCCAUAUAAUGUGUACUUCAGGCGUCAGUCUGGAAAACUAGACGUGAAUGUGAAAUGGCAACUGGAGGACAUAAGGGCCAUCAAAUAUUACUCUGUGAGAUAUAAAGCACUGGGCAGUCUGUUAUGGAACAAGCCGCUGGUGCAAUCCCAAAAUGGAGAGAGAUGUACAGUGGAGAAUCUAAACUCCUCGAUGAUCUACACUGUACAGAUACAAUGUGUGACUAAUGAUAAAUGCUCACAGUGCCCAUGGAGUAAGACUUACACUGUCCCAUCAGAACUGAAAACACAGCCUGUCAUUGUCAACUUGGAAGUUACUGAGAUUGCAGAGAAACAAGGCCGCAGGCUGCUUUCUCUAAACUGGAAGUUUUCUGCAAAAGAGCUGUAUGAAGGCUACUAUGUGACCAUUGGUAAAGCAUCAGGAGAGGCCCCGUGUGAACCGAUCAACACCAGUCAGCCUGAGAUCAGACUGAUUCUUUCCUAUUCAGCUUAUCAUGUCAGCAUCAGUGCUGCCAACAAUGCUAGCACCUCCCCAGCUCUAAGACAGACAAUACCAGAGCCAGAGGACAUUUCCAGUGUUGUAGAUGGCAAGCUGAACAUUACAGUCCACAGCAGUACAUCUUUUACUGUCUAUUGGAAAGAUGAUCUCAUCAAAACCCACGUCUGCUAUUCUGUGGAGUGGCACAAAAAGGGGCAUAAAACAAUAUACAUGUCCUUUUAUCAGAAUGCAAACAACCAUAGGACCUUAUCUCCUUUACCAGAGCCUUUGGAGCCUUACAAGAGAUACAGCAUCAUUCUGCACACACGACCAAACAAGGACACUUGCAACAUGAAGUAUAUCAACAACAGUGAGAGCACCUAUGGGACUACCCAGUUCUAUCUCACUGAAGGAUCUCCUGUCAGUGCUCCCAACAUCAGCAGCUACAAUGUGACGCUGAAUUCAGUGGUGCUGCAGUGGUCGUCCAUCCCAGAGGAACAUAUAAGAGGUUUCCUACUCGGUUACAUAAUCCACUACAGUGAGUACCACCACAAGGGGACAAGUACAGAAACAAAUAUUACAGUGGAUCCGGAGUUUGACACCUAUGAAUUGGGGAAUCUCAAAAGAGGCACACCAUACCAGGUCCAGGUAUCAGGUUUCACCCAGGCAGGAGCAGGAGUACGAAGCACAGCAUGCAUCUUUAAAACGUAUCCCCAAGGAUAUUUUGAUGUUAUUAAAAGUGUUGCUAUCUUUCUGUUUUCUUUUGUGGCGGCCGUGCUCAUAUUUGGAACUUUUAUAAUAAAAAGAGCAAAAAUUAUUCUGUGGCCCAGCAUACCUAACCCUGGAAAUAGCAAUGCUAUGCAGAAAAUAGAAGGACCCAGAGAAAUGGAACUCCUAGAGUCCAUCAACACUCUGAAGGUAGAAGAGUGGGAUACGCAUAGUCUGCAGAUAGUUGAGAAAGAAGCUGUGGUCCUACCUAUUACAUUACCAUCAGAGUUACCGCUUCUCCACAACUCAGAAGAUGAGGGAGACUCAACAGAAAUGACUUGUGAUUGGACCCAAAGAGAGACAGAGGAUGCAACUAGAGAUAUCUUACCAGACACAUUCUCGAACACGAAACAGACAAACUUCCAGAAUUAUCCUUUUGCAUUUUCAAGUGAAUAUACAACAAUGGAAAUGUUUCAGCAAGUGACGCCUGAGGGCUUCCCAGCGAAUACAGCCAUCGCUCAGGCCAUGGAAAGUGAUCCAUAGGGGACACACAUGACUGCGGUUAAGUCUGGAUUAGACUAUGUGGACAAUUUCGUACCAGUCCAAUCUUGGGCAGAGAGGAGAUGUCCGUGAUUUUGUGAAAACAGCUUGGAACUGGACUGCAGAACACGAAGAACAAGGAACACAGGAUCAAUAAAGAACCACUGUCAGCAGUCAAAAGGUUGAAUAUGAGGGGCUGCCAUACUGUUUGCUGGUUGUUGCAGUUCGACGGGAUGGAUUCAUUGAGUCUUAGAUAAUCAAUAGCCAAAGUACAAGCACAUUUAGCUCAAUGUUUAUGUCAACUGCCAUAAUUACCAUCAAGAGAGAAACUUGAGUAAACAAGGUAAAAAUAUAUUAUAUAAAGACAGAAGUCCAGUUUAGGUUCUUAAGAAUGUGUCUUUCUCUUCCCACCUCUCUACUAUACAUACUUUUAUAUCUGCACUACUUGAACAGUCUCUUCUGUCCAUGCACAUCAUCUCUGCUCAUUUCUGUACAUGUACAUUACAUUUUAUACAUUGCUGAACAUUCAUUAUCCUAUUUUCAUCUGUAAAUGUCAAUACCUGAUGAUGCAAACAUGACUGAAAAUGCCCUCAUUUACAGGCCACAACUGCUAACGGAAUGACCUAAUAAACAUGGAUGUAUUAAUGGGUUCUUUGCAAUGCAGUUG